AUGAACCGGUUACCUGAGGAGGAGUUCAAAGGUCUCUCGGAUGAUUUCUUUGAUGAUUUCAUCAACCAAAUUGAUUUUCCGCUAGAAGACAUCGAUGCCACCAAUGGCGAGGGAGAUUGGUACGCUAGAUUUCAAGACCUUGAGCCUCCUCCCAUGGAUAUGUUCCCGAGUUUGCCCUCUGAGCUCACCUCUUGUGGCAUUAUCAAGAGGGGCCGUGUGGGAGCUCAGAAGACUGUUCCUAGAUUGAGACAGUCCACUUCUUCUGGAUCAUUGUCCGGCAAAAACAGCACUCUCCACCACCAAUCUUCAUCACCUCCUGAUGUCAAAGUCUCAAAGCUCUUCCAGUCUUCAAGUCCAGUGUCAGUUCUUGAGAGCAGUGAUGCCUCUUUCUCGCCUCAGAACUUGAGUUCUCAGAGAUUGACUUUCCCUGUGAAAGGCAUGAGAAGCAAGCGCAAACGCCCCACAACACUGAGGUUUAGAUCCCUUCUCCCCUUUGAACCCACGAAGCCCGAGAAGCUAACUCGUGGCGAAUCGGAAUCCAUGAGUUACUGUUCUUCCGAGCAACCUGCAAAGAAGAAACGCAAGAUUCACCCUCCCACCACCAACACGGUGUGUAACGGUUUGGAGGCAAGUAACUCGGACGGGAUAGUCAGGAAAUGCACUCACUGUGAGACAACCAAGACACCGCAGUGGAGGGAAGGACCUAAUGGGCCAAAGACCCUCUGCAACGCUUGCGGGGUCCGGUACAGAUCCGGUCGUCUACUUCCAGAAUACCGACCAGCCUCAAGCCCUACCUUCAUCCCAUCUGUGCACUCAAACUCACACAGGAAGAUCAUAGAGAUGAGAAGGAAGGACGACGAUCAGUUUGAAACAAGCAUGAUUCACGCGGUGAUAUCCGGAGCGUGA